UAUGAGAGCACGUUUUGUUUUUCAAGAACAUCUUUACCAGUUCCGGGUCAUUCCGAAGUAAAUCUUUGCUCGGUGACGCUGCAGUUGGGCAAAGACAUCAGCAAGACCAGCAUGCCGGUCAUCUUCAACGAGCCUCUUUCUUUCCUGCAACGCGUCGCGGAAUACAUGGAAUAUGCCAUAUUGCUCAAGCAGGCAUCCCAGCAGGAGUCACCGGUCUCGAGGCUUCAGUAUGUUGCGGCAUUUGCUGUAAGUGCUCUCGCUUCGAAUUGGGAGCGCUUCGGAAAACCUUUCAAUCCGAUUUUGGGCGAGACGUACGAGCUAGAACGCGAGGACUUUCGGAUAAUAUGCGAGCAAGUUUCGCAUCACCCACCAGUAUCGGCAUUCUACGCCGACAGUGAAGACUUCAUCUUUCAUGGCAGCAUCCAUCCCAAACUGAAAUUCUGGGGGAAAUCGUUGGAAGUUCACCCGAAAGGGGUUGUCACAGUCGAAUUACCUAAGUGGAAGGAGGCUUACACUUGGCAAAAUGUCAAUUGCAUCCUUCAUAAUGUCCUGGUGGGUCAAUUAUGGAUGGAGCAAUCGGGUCCUUUGGAGAUCAAACAACACGGAGGGGAUAAUCUGAAAGCUAAGCUAUGCUUUAUUAAAAGCACUCUGAACGGCAAGGACGUCCAUCGCGUCGAGGGUUUUAUAACGGAUCAGGAAAAAAGGAAGUUAUUAUUUCUUUAUGGCCAAUGGACUGAAGUUUUACGAUCUUGCGCGCCUUCAUUGUACGAAGAAAUGCUGGAGAAGAUCAAAUUGGAAGCUAAAAGUCCGCAAGGCAGUCCAGGUCACAAAAAAGUCCUAGCAAAGCUUCAUAGUCUCAAAGUUGGGGCCUUCAAGCCUCUGCAUCAGGAUGCAAUAGAUGAGUCCUUUGGCAGCACGGUCGUUGAUGACGUUCCAAUUGUGGACGAAAUUCCAGGAUCUACCACGUUGUGGAAAGCCACACCAAGACCGAGUAAUAGUUCUGAUUAUUAUCAAUUCACGACAUUCGCGAUGUCACUGAAUGAGCUGGAAACCAAUAUGGGAGAGACAUUGUGCCCGACCGAUUCAAGAUUGAGGCCGGAUAUCCGGAAGUUGGAGAACGGCGAUCAAGAUGGAGCAGCGUCUGAGAAAACUAGACUCGAGGAGAAACAGAGAAAUUCUCGCAAAGCGCGUAAACAGAAGAAAGGACACGAAUAUGUUCCCAGGUGGUUUCAAGCCGGUACGAAUCCUUAUACAGGCCAGGAAGAUUGGAUUUACCAAGGCGGAUAUUGGGACCGUAAUUACACCGAUAUCGAAGAUAUCUUUUAAUGAAGACGGACUUCGUUAGCUUCCAUUAACGCCCGGCGCCCGUGAGGAUCGGCAAUCGGGCGUCGUUAGUGCAAAGUUAUAAAUAAAUUGCCUAAGAGGACAGGUGCGUAGAUCAAUGAUAGACGCCAUUAGAAAUCGAUGUCUUUGUGUAAAGUAAUUAAAAGCAGAUCUUGAGCGAGAUACUUUCAGCACGAAAUUGAAACUCGACGAGUUGCUGGGAAUUUUUCCCACGCUCCUUGUCGUAGAAAAAGAGCGAAUCGAAGAUACAAGCGAAUAUUAUUCGAAAAUUGAAAUUUGAAAUUUCGUAUUAACAGUUUUCGGGCAUUCGAUUGUAUCAUUAGUUCGCGUUUCCUGUCUCCGCCGCUAUUUUUAUAAGAGGCCAAGUUGGAUAACCGGAAAGGCGAUUCUCUCGUAGUCUAUCCCUGCUUGAAGAAGCCAGUAGAGACAGAAACUGAUUUGUAAUUUAUAUAGAAUGUUCCUAGAUUGAGGAGACUUAUUUCAGGUUUAUGUAAUUUCAUCGCAAAUUAUCGUUCUUAUCACGGUUUCUCAUUUAAAUAUUUAUCUGCAUAUUAAACGCUUUUCUAUCGAUCUGUCAAUUCAAUCAACAAGUUACGUUUUUAACGUACAAAAAUCAAUCUUAGUUCUAUCUAAAACUAUUCUUGUAUAUUUAUAUAAAAAAUGUACGUAACAGAAAUGUAGAAAAAAACCUUAUAUCUUUACAAUUGCAAAUGCAAUCCAAAAUUUAGAUCGAAGAAUGAAUCAUUUCGUAACAAUAAAAACAAGAUAGCAAAUGAUAAAAGACUUAUCUAUAAAGGCAUAUAUUAGAUAAAAAAGUCUGAUAUUACAAAUAUCAAAAAUACGUAUCGAUUGUAUCGACUUUCUUUCGUGUAUUUUUAUCGGACUCUUUGAGCAGGAACCUCGUAGAUUUUCAUGUAAAUAUACAGAAAUUGUAUAAUACACCUGUACCAAAGCCAAACGGGCCAAACGACUUUUCGCGACAGUUUUGUAUCAAGCAAUAAUUAUUUGUCAUAAACUUUGCGCAUUCGGAUUAUUUUCGACAUUCAAUUUGAAGCAAAAAAUUGCCGAAUUUCAAUCGUCGAGAUGCCAUGUUGAAAAUAAGCGAGAUUUCAGAAUCCACGAAUUUUGAUGCCAAGGAUUCUAAAGUCCGCGAAUUUAAGAAAGCUAAAUCCGAAAAAUAAAAACUACAAAAAAUCAACGGAGAGAUUUAAGAAACAAAACUUUAAAAAAACGUAAAAAUUCCAUCUAAAAAUGUAAAAAGGCACAAAGAAUUCAAUAUAUAUUUGCCGAAGAAAUUAUAUUAUUGCUUCCAGAUAAAUGUAUCUUUUGCGCGAUAGAAGCUUCCUAGGGCAAAUCUUCAGACACGUGUUACGUGCCAAGUUGUGUGUAUGUGAAACAAGCUUAAUUUAGAAAGGACGACAAUAAUUUGGGGUUCUCGAAGCGCCAAAUGUGUUUUAAACCUCUGAAAACAUCUGAAUUCUAAACGUGAUAUGGAAUAAGCUAGAAAAGCUCUCUUAAAACCAAUCAAUCCGUUGAAAUUUUUCUCCCCUUUCUAAAGAAAAAAAUAUAGCAAUCAAAGAAAUUAAAAACGAGAGAGAAAAGAUAAAAGAUUAAAAUAAAAAAAAAGCUUCUUUUCGUAAUUUUAGAGUUAAGAUAUUUGUUGGAUAGUGUUUUUAAAAUUCGGUGUGAUUGGGAAUUUAGUUCCCUCGAUAAUCCCAUCUGGUCUGUCGAAGCCAAUCAUAGCUGCUCCAGUCUCGAGUUCACGGUCUGUAGAUGAUAAUUUGUGGCUGAUAAGCAGAAUCGCAUAGCCUUCAAGUAUACGACUGCGUCACUUCAAUCGCGAGUUUAUAUUAUUAAUAUAAAUACACGAGUGCACAUAGAAGAAUACAUAUCCGACACCCGAUAGGAUUUCUAUGUGAAGAAACAGCGAAUAUUUACGUAUUAUGAUAAUCGUAUGCUGAUAACGAUAACUAUCCGGAUCACCUCUGAGAACCUUAUUAUUAUUAACAAUUAUCGCGCACGUAAUUUAUAGGAAUUUGUUGUGUUUGCGUUGCAUAGAUCACGCCGGUGUGUAACUGUACAUAGAUAAUAUUAGAAAUAAAUGUUGUUAAAAAAGA